AUGGACUUCAUAGAUCUUGACUCAUUUCUGGAGACUGUUGAUUUGCCGCAACCUCAACCUGCUUUGUCUCUACCUAUAUCGUCUAACAUUGAAAAUUUAGGCAAAAGAUUUACGUCGUUCAAUAGUUUAACGAAGAACUUUCUUAAUUUUGACGAAAAAGAGACAGAAGAAGAAGGCAUUGAGGUAAACAAUGAUGACCUUGAUAAUUAUAAUGGUGAAAAUUUAGCAGAAAAGUAUGCUAACUUGUCCUUGGGGGUAAUAGAAAAGGAGUCCAAUGAAGAUGAAUCAGCAGACGUGGCUGAGGAAGAUGGAGUGCCUAAAUCUAGCAGUUUAUCUAUCAGACUUUCUAGAGUACUUAACAAUUCACUCAGCGAUUCUCAGCUUAGAGAGCUCUUCAUCAAUUUGGAGGAAGAAUUCCCGGGAACUGCGGAGGAGAUAGAUGAGCUUAUUGAACCUGGGGUCGUUGGGUCGAUGGCUAGAAAGAAACUACGUGGAAGAUUGGAGAGUAGUCUUUUGGAUAACAAGAGUAAGAUUUUGAAAGAAUAUCAGCCUGCAGUCGAACUAUUUAAGUCAUUUGAAGAGAAAUUGAAGAGUCUAAACAGUUUGAAUAAUCUUACGAAUGAAAAGAUCAACAAGAACUAUGAAAGUUCUAAAAGUUUUAAUGUCGAAGUUAAGGAGCUUGAUAGACAAAGAAAGAUUAUUAGCUUGAAAAAAAGCCUUCUAGUCAAUUUUGGAAAACAGUUUUCUCUUAACGAAUAUGAAGAAUAUGUAUUGAAGAGUGGUGAUAUCAAUGAUGAAUUCUUUUCAACAUUAAAAAAAGCAGAGCAGGUCAACGAAAACUGUUCAAUAUUACUUUCAGUUGAUAACACUCAACUUGGAGUUAAGGUGAUGUCUAAAAUCAAUCAACUGAUAGAUAAGGCUGUGGAAAGAAUUGUAACAUAUACUAAUAGAACUUUGAGCAAUCUUUAUUCUUUAAACACUAAACUGAGAACAGUGACUUUACAUAAAUGCUUAAAAUACCUCAAGGGGAGAUUGAAUUACUUCAAUGUUGUUGUCGAUAACUUCACGAAGUCCAGGGCUAAACAGCUAGUGGAGGAAUUCAUGAAUCAGGUUAAUGGAAAUUUGGAACUAUCAUCUGGUGAUAACUUUUCGAGCUAUGAUUCUCCUAGACCUAUAUUUGUGGCAUCUCAUGAUCCGGUACGUUUUAUUGGAGACCUAUUGGCAUACGUUCAUUCAGUAGUGGUUAAUGAAUCUGAGACAAUCAUCAGCAUAUUCACCAUUGAUGAUCUUGGUGGCGAUCAAGAGCAAGAAGAAUUCAAGGAUAUAAUCGGAGAGAUUGUUGAAAAUACUCUAAAAUCGUUAUCUAGACCAAUCAAAUCAAGGGUCGAACAAACUAUUUCGUCAGAAACCAAAUUGGCAACAAUAUAUUCGAUUGACAAUUUAUUGGAGCUCUACUUUUUCAUGCUCUCUAAGCAAUUGAAAAAUACUAGUGCAAUACUCGCUUCGAUCAACGAAUUGGUUGGUUUGACUCAAGACAAAAUUAUCAAUACUAUCGGCAAUAGGUUGGCAACGAUUGAGGCAAGUAACCUGGCUCAAUUAGAGUUGAAUUUGGACUUGCAGCCGCCAGAAUGGACAAUGGAAUUCUAUUCUGAAAUCAUACCAUUAAUCGAACAGUCGACCACGGACACGUUACUCAACUUUCCUCCUGAUAGUAAUCAAAAAUUGAUAAAAUUAAUAGUUGACCGUCCAAUUGGAAUAUUCUAUCAUCAUGUUGAGAGCAACAAGCUCUUUGGAAAUAAGAGGGACUCUUUGAUAAUCAAGGAGAACUUCUUAGAUUUCGUUAUUUCGAGAAUAAUGCCACUUGCUCAAUUUAAUGAUAAAGUUUUGGAAAUUAGUGAAACGAUGGACAAAUUGACAGAAGAACUAACAGAUCUUCAAUUUACUAAUAUUAUUAAAGAAUGCGGUAUUUACGAUCUCUAUAACGUCAUUUGCAUGAUUUGCCCUCUUACGGAUGACUUCUUUGAUGUUUCCAUUUAUGAGCCAAUAACCCAAAAUAAAUUGUUCACCAAAGAUAAAAUAGAUGAGAUAAAUCAAAUUGUUCAGGAAUUUUUGCCAAACGCAUUAAUAAAGGUCCAGGACUCAUUAAUGAAGGUAAAUUCACCUCUUGUGGUGAAUAAUGUGACUUCUGAGUCAUCCAUGAGGUUCACUAAAUUCUAUAAAUGCUUUAAUUUGAUAUCAGAGGAAUACUUACAGACCCUGUUGACAUGGUCUGUUAUGGAAGUUGCGACAUUAUUAGGAGUUGAAGAAGAUUUCUUGAGAUCUGAGGAUCAAUUGAAGUUGGAGUCAUGA